AACGGAAGUUACAAGAACAUUACCAACGGACAAAACAACAUCAUCAACAAAAGCAGAAACACCAACCAAACCAUCAAUAAAUUAUUCAAAAGAAACAUCAAUCAUUCCAUCAAACCAGGUUACAACAGUAUCACAAGGAUAUACCAUGUCUGGAAGUUCUUCGGCCUACUGGAAGUUUCCAACAUAUCUCGAAUCAGUAACAGCAGAUAAAACAGAAAUGACAACUGGUUAUGUUACCAUCUUAACAACAUUAUUUACAAAUACAACACUCAAUCGUUUUAAUCAAAGUCCAGUUGAUGUUUGUAGCUAUGACUGUCCAUGCAUUUUUGGAAAUGGAACUGUUACUAUAGAAACGUUAGAUGCUAGAAUAGAACAAUUAAAGACUGUCUUACAAAUUGAUAAAAAGGAGACAAGUUCCUACGUUCGUAAACUUACUUGUGCAAAAGACAGUCGCCCUAGUGCUAAAAAUAUAGGUUAUAUUGGAAUUCUGAUUUUAGUUAUUGUGUUUGGAUCCAUAAUAAUGAGCGAUUUAAUCAGCCUGGUUCGAUUCAUGCAGCGAACUUUGUUUAAGAAAAACAAUGAUCGAAGUAUCCAAGAAAGAUUAUCAUUUCAAGAUUCCAAAUCAUUUGAAGACCUCUCUAAUGGUACCAAUCCUAUGAAAAAGCAUGAAGUAGAAGCCAAACAGUAAAGAAAUUGAAGUUACAAAGAACGCAUCAAAGUUACAGAAAAUAUUCAUCAAAAAACUUAAAAGUAACUUCAGAGGAGUUUAUACGAAUAACCUUGCAGGAAAAAGAAGUAAAUAGUAGCAACACUGCCGUUAAACAAAUACCUAAUUUACAUUGUGAAUCCCAUGAAAUAGAUUCCGCUACACGUGAUAUUGACGUAAAAUCACUUAAUAAGAUUACAAGUUCAUCACAAAUGACAAAAGCAAAAGGUUCUUCGAAUUCAACCUCAUUUUCACAUUACUCAUAAUUUUACUACGUUUUAUUAGUAAAUGGAAUAUGUAUGUCAUGCAAUUAUAAUUGAACUUAAUUUUAUUGAAUUAAAUUCAUUACGAUUUUUAA